UUAUUUUAUAAAAAUAUAUAUGAACAAAAAUAACUAAAAAGGCACAUAUAUAACUUUAACAUAUAAAUGAGUUUAUAAUAAAUAAGACAAAUAAAAGUAAAAAUAUUGUCUUAAAGAUUUUUUUUGUACAAACUACCAUGUCGUAUAAAAUGUAACUAAAUUAUAGAAUCAGAUGUAAUUUAUUUAACUAAUUAAACUAAGUAAUAGGAAAAUGAGGGGCCCUAAAUUUAACAAAAUUAGAGGGGGCCUGGGGCAAUUGCCUCAUUUUAUAUGCAUAAGGCACGGCUCUGCUCACUUCCUCUCUCUCUCUCUCUCUCUCACCUCAUUUCUUUCUGUUUCUAUUAUUCAUCAGAAACACACAGACUCUGUUUUGUUUUGUUUUGUUUUGUUUUGUUCUUUAAGCAGAAACAGAGAGUAGAAAACAGAGGAACAUUUGGCAGAGUAUUUCUUUUGUUCCCUCUGCUUUGGUCUUCUUCUUCUUGGCUUUAUCUGUUUCUCAGUAUCUGAAAGUUUCUGUCCUUUUCUUCUUGGGUUUGUGAGAUUUAUCAGUGUACAUUUCCCUGGGGGAUUCUUACACAAAUGACUCUCUUUUGUUCUGUAAUAACAGAGCUUCUUUUUUUGUUAGUACCGCUGAGAUAAGUCACGAAAAGUGUUCGUCUCUUUUCUCGUAGUCAUCCACUCCGAUGAGAUUUGGGAAUCUAUCAAUCUGCGUCAAGUGGGAACAUAUAAGCUGUAAUUAGCUGGAGGGAAAUGGCGUUCUUACAUUGAGCUUUGUCUAUGCCAAUUUUAUUGGAAUCUAAAUUGAUUAAAAAUGCUCAGCUUUUUUUGGAACUACAUGAAAUUAUGGAAAGUGGGUCAUUCUCGUUAUGGUUCCAUGGUGGUUGCUUGUUGACGGAGACAUAACGAAACCUUGAAGUUAUUCCCAAAACUAGUGUUUGCUGGAAACAGAAAAGGGAAGGGAGAGAAGUGUAUACUAUAAAGUCUUCAAGCCAAGAAGAUAAAAAGAGUUACUGGUUUCAAGUGCUCUACUAAACUUCUUCACUAAUCAUAUGGCUGCAAAGCUUUUGCAUACAUUGGCAGAUGAAAACUCGGAUCUUCAGAAGAAAAUUGGAUGUGUGAAUGGGAUUUUCAAACUCUUUGAUCGCCACCAUAUUCUCACAAACCGUCGAAAAAGUCUUACUUUAGGUAAUGCACAUGUCAACAACAUCAACUUUGAAAGAGACUCUGCAUUGCAGAUUCAAGACUCCAACAUUAUCAACAGCGGGAAUACUCAACUAAAAAGGGUAUCAACAGAAUCUUCCAGGGUUUCUUUCUCAUCAUCAUGUUCAUCAUCUUCCCCAUUGUCGUCUGAGAUCAACAGAGAAACUCAACCUGAGAUAUCACCGUAUGACCGGGUCAUUUUUCAAGAAUCUCCAGUGAUGAGCCAAGGAAGUGGGUUGGGACUUGACCUUAGAGAUGUUGUUAGAGACUCCAUGUACAGAGAAGCUAGAGGACUUUCUGAAGUAUCCAGAGACAAGAGAAGAGAUGAUUCUCCAAGACCUUAUGGUUUGAAACAAUCCACCCCUGUGGAUUUCAAUGAAUCCUGCAAAGCUCUAGCCAAACUUAAACCAUCUCAGUAUUACUACAAUGAGGUUGACUUGAAAGAUGCAUCUCGUUACUAUGUUGAUUCUCACAAGAAGUCUAAAUCCAAGAAGAAGGUGAAAGAGUCUCCUAAGCUUUCUUUGGAGAGUAGAUAUCACGUUAGUCUCAAAUCAGGUAACAAUAAUAAGCUUGUACUUGUUGAGAGUUUUGGUAGAAGCUCUAGCAUGAACAAAAGGCCUCCUAGUGUUGUUGCAAAGCUAAUGGGGUUGGAAACGUUACCUGGUUCUCCACUGAGAAGAGACCAUAACAAUGAUCCGUUCUCAAGGUCAUUGAGGGAAACUAGCAUGAAUCGUUCUAUAAGGUUAUCAUCUCCUAGCUCGCCAAGAAGCUUGGGGAAGGACCUGGCUUCUUCUUCUUCAUCACCAAGAUGGAGAAGUAGCUCUGAGUUUGUUAUGAAACCUUUAUCAAGUUUGAGGUUUCCCAUAGAACCAGCUCCAUGGAAGCAACAAAAGCAAACCUGCAGGCCUGUGAAAGCUCUGUUGCCAUCAAUGGAGGGAAGGCUGAAAGAUCAAGAGUUUAAGCAUUCAGGAAAAGAUCUCAGAGCUAUUAAUGAGAUUUUAGAGGCAAUGCAAACAAAAAGUGUCAAGCAGCCAGAAUGCUCAAACUCAAGAGGCUUGCAAAACCAGGUGAUGCCAUCCACUAUGAGAGGACCAAUUGUGAUUAUGAAACCUGCUAGACUUGUUGAGAGAUCUGGUCUUCCUUCAUCAUCUCUGAUUCCCAUUCACAGUCUAUCUGGUCUUAAGGCAACCUGUAUAGAAGAAGAAGAGUCUGUGAAUGUUAAAAGAAACUCAACUACAAAGAAGGCGGCAAAAGAUAACAAAUCUAGCAGCAGAAACGUGAGGUCUUGUCAGGUUUCCAGAGAAGUCACUACAAAGAAUGCAGGAGCUGCAGCAAGUCCAAGAUUGCAUCAUAUGAAGAAUCAUGAGAAUGACAAGCGUUCUCGUCCACCAAUACCUUCUGACUCAAGCAAAUCAAGAAGACAAACAAAUAGACAACUCGAAGAAUCUGCUACUUCUCCUGGUGGUAGGCGUAGACCAGAUGCUCAGAGGAAAUUGCAGAAAAAUGAUGGCCAAGCAGGUGGUGGAAAGAGUCCAUCUGUGAUAGAGACAGCAAAAACAAUAGUCUCUAACUUAAUGCAGAAUAAAGCUAGUUCAAAGCUUUGUGAAGAUGGGUCAUCAGAACAUCCAAGUCCAGUUUCUGUUCUCAACGCAUCAAUCUACAAAGACAUCAAACCAUCUCCUGUGAAGCUACAAACAAGUGGUAAUGGCCUUAUUGACCCUGGUGAAGAAGACUUGUGGAAUCCAGCUUACAGCUUCUCAAAGACAACAACCACCUUUUCUCCUGAGAUUAACAGAAAGAAGCUUCAGAACGUUGAGCAUUUGGUUCAAAAGCUGAAAAGAUUAAACUCUAGCCAUGAUGAAGCCAGCCAAGACUAUAUUGCAUCACUGUGCGAGAACAGUGGCCCUGACACUGAUCACAGAUACAUAUCAGAGAUUCUCUUAGCCUCAGGUCUUCUCCUGAGAGACUUAGGCUCAGAAUCAACCACGUUUCAACUGCACCCUUCAGGCCAUCCUAUCAACCCUGAGCUGUUUCUCGUUCUUGAGCAAACUAAAGGAAGCAGUAGUGGCAAUGAGAAGCUCAACCGCAAGCUUGUGUUUGACGCUGUCAAUGAAAUGCUGGUGAAGAAGUUAGCUAUUGUCGAGGGCACCAGCAACGCAGAUCCAUGGAUGAAGCGAGGUAAAGCGAUGAAGAGGAGGGUGUUAAGUGCGCAACAACUCUUGAAAGAGCUAUGUUCAGAGAUUGAAACAGUGCAGAAGGAAGCCAAGAGAAGAUCAGAUAACUUGUUCUUGUUGGGGGAGCAAGAAGAGGACUUCUUGAAAUGUAUAUUGGAUGAAGAUAUGGAGCCGCGGUCUGAGAAAUGGACAGAGUUUGAUGAUGUAGUCCCGGGUAUAGUGCUACACUUAGAGAGGCUUCUCUUCAAGGAUCUGGUGAGUGAGGUCGUGCAUGGUGAGAUUGAUCGGCUGCAACCUAUUCCAAGCAGACGAGUAGUUACUGAUUCAUAAACUCGUUUUAUAUCCUCUGUAUUCUAAAGCCGCUUAUCUAUAACAAUAAAGUUGGAUUAUCUGCCUUCUCAGACCGCCACGUCAGCAAGGAGGAGGGGGCGUUUUGCGCCACGUCAGCAAGCAUUUUAAGUCAUUGUCCGAAUUCAUAAUUUUGUGGGCUGGGUUAUGGUUUAACUUAAAAGUUAUGUUCAGGCCCAUUCUCUUUUAGGGUUUGCAUCAUCUUCUAAAAGAUGUCAUCAAACCUGUGCUUUAGGAUAUCUGAUAUCUGAUAGUCUCACCGUAA